AUGGCCACCGUCGGGACGCUCCUCGGCAUGUGCUCUCGCGCUGAGGCUGCGGAGCGCCAGGCGUUUCGCGAGCUCUCCGUCCUCGAGCAGCUGGCCGGCACAGAGCGGGAUGCGCGGCCAGCUGCCGACCCGCGACUAGUCGUCAAGCGCUAUCAGCGGCCAGCCGCCGGUGCGCCGCCACCAUCAGCUUCGGAGCUGCGCCCUAAGAGCGUGCUCAACGCCACCACGCGCCACCUACUCGGGCUGUGGACCUCACGCACCGACGUGCCUGCCGCCGCGCGCUGCGCCUUCAUUUCGGACCGGCUGCGGGCGGUAGCGCAGGACCUCACCGUGCAGCGGUCUGGCGCCGCCGACGCCGACGCCAGCCUCGACGGGGCCGAGGCGAACGCUGCGCCGCCCGCGAAGCCGAGGGUAGCGGUGGGGCGUGGAGAGCACGAGCCCUCCGCAACCUCCGUAACCGCCGCGCCGGCAGCCGUCGCGCUGGCCACACCGGCCGCACUCGCUCCGCCGCCGCCGGCUCCGCUGGGGGCCGACCAUCCGCGGGCGGCCGCGGGUGCGGUGGACGAGGCUACGCUGGCGCGCGCCUUCGCCAUCGCCAACGGCAGCCGCGAGCAGCCCGACGCCCUCCGCCCCCUCCUUGCGGGCGGCGCCGCGAGCGCGGCGAUGCGCGGCGGCAUGUACGACUCGUGGACGCUGCUUCACGCGGCGGCACAGAAGGGGCACGCCGCACACGUCGCGCUGCUCCUCUCCCACGGCGCACCCACCGACGCGGCCAACAAGAAGGGCGACACGCCGCUCUCAAAGGCGGUCAUCCGGCUGCUGUUGCGGGCGGGCGCCGAGCCGUGUGCGGCAAACCUCAGGGGCGUUACCUCUCUCGACCUUGCGGCGGGCUGUGAGCGGGUGCUGGCUUUGCUUCGUGCCGCGCCCUCUCUGGCGGCGUCGAGGGGCGAGGGGGCGUUUGGCACGGCGGCGGGCGAGGGGGAGUUUGGUGCGGGGCCAGCCGGCGACGAGGUGGUUGCGGCCCGAGUGGCGGGGCCGGAGGCGGCAGCGGGGGGGGCGGGAGCGGAUGCGGCUACGGCAGCAUCAGAGGUGGAGGCAGCAGCGGAGGCGGAGGGCGAGGACGAGUCGGAGGUCGAGGCAGAGGUGAGCACGGCGCUUGCCGCCGCGCCCUUGCUCGCCGCGCGACCCGCGGUCGUGCAGGCGCUACGCAUCGUCGCCGCCUUCGGGCGCGGCGACGCGCCAUCCCUCCGCCGCGCCCUCGCCGCCGCGCCGCCGCUGGCCGCCGCUUGCUGCCUCGCCCUGCUGCCGGCGGCGCGCUCGGCGCUGCUCCGCCAGCUGCACGCCGCCUCCAACGGUCGCGAGGCGCUCCCCCUCGAGUGGGCGGCACGGCUGCUCUGGCUCCCAAGCGCCGAGGCGGCGGCCGCCGCCGCUGCCGCCCACGGCGUGGCAGCGGAGCAAGGAGGGUUGCGGCUCAAGCAGCCGGGCUUCACGAUGCGGCCCGAAACAACGCUACCCCCGCUGCCGCCUCCCGAGCUGGCACGCUGGUACGAGCGGGGCGAGGGGGUGGGCGCCGCGUUGCUGCGCGCUUCCUCGGGCUUUGCACUGCCAGUGGCUCGUGAGCGUGCAAUGCCCCAGAGCUCUCGAGCGAGAGCUAGCACGCGUGUGUAG